AUGGAGGUAGAGCAGAAGAACGUUGUCGGGGGCGGCAGCGAUGGGCAUGCGGGGGACUCACGGCGGGUGCGAGUUUCCUUGAGCCGAAGGGGCUGCAAGUGGGCCGACGACGUGAUGUUGAAGGACAGGGACCAGGCUUCCGGUGUAGGCAGCGAUGCAGGGCUCGGGGUUUAUAUCAAGGCUAGUUGGACCGUUCGCGAGUUGGCCACCAAGGCCGAGGAGCUGCUGUUAGAGAAGCAGGGCCUCGCCCUGGCGACCGCCCUGGUGCUCUGCCCAUCGCGAGACUCCGCCAUACCGUUUUACGACGUGGCCUCCCGCUACGUGGGAGAAGGGGACACGUUGGUGCUGGUCGGUGACGUGGAGCGCGCGGCCGCUCGUCGCUCCGCUCCGCCUGGCGGAAAGCCGGCGGCGACGGCGGCGGCGGCCGUUUCAUCAGCGACGUCUUCCCACAAGGUGCCAGUGACGAUCCUGACCGGCUUCUUGGGGUCCGGCAAGACUACCAUGCUCAACCACCUUCUGCACGUGCAGCGCGAGAAGCGGAUAGCUGUCAUCGAGAACGAGUUCGGCGAGGUGCCGAUCGACGGAGAUCUAUUGGCUGACGGGGAUGGGCUUUCGGCUGCUGAGCAGGUUGUGGUUUUGGACAACGGGUGCAUGUGCUGCACGGUCAGGGGAGACCUCCUCGGAGCCUUCUCGUCAGUGCUGGCCAAGAUGGAAGAGGCCAAGGCCAAGGAGGAAGGCGGCGGCGGCGGCGGCAGCGGCGGCAGCGGGAGGGCGCUAGACUCGGUCCUGGUGGAGACCACGGGAAUGGCCGACCCCGUCCCCAUUGUCCGCACCCUGCUACAGACGCCGGCUAUAUCGAACUCCUUCGCUUUGGACGGGGUAGUAACGUUAGUCGAUGCCAAGAACAUCCUUCCUCGGCUCCAAGAGGGGGAAGAGGAGGAGGAGGGAGGGAAGGGGGAGGAGGAGAUUGACGAGGCUUUCCAGCAGAUCAUGUUCUCGGACAGGAUUGUGGUGAACAAGGUCGAUCUGGUGCCGGCGUCGACGGCCGUGGAAGUGUUCCAGCGCAUCCGGUCCAUGAACGGCACAGCGGGGGUGGUGUCAUGCAGCAGGGGGAAGCUCGAUCCAAGAGAGCUCGAGGGGCUGGGAGCGUUCGACAGGCUCAUGAGGGAGGCAGAAGAAGAGCCAGAGAUGGACCUAGAGCCGCAUUCCCACGACCAUGCCCACUCGCACUCCCACGCACAUGAGCACGACCACAGCCACGGCGACUCCGCGUGCGGCGGCGAAGAGGGUGGCUGCUCCCUACAAGGGCCUCAACCAUGCGCUCUUGAUCACGAUCACGGCGGCCCCGCGGAUGGUACGUUGGACGGAGAGGUGUGCAACCUGGAGCACGAUCACACGGGCCAUAGCCAUGACACCCGCCACAGCAGCCAGGUGGGCACCUUUUCCUUGGUGAAGAAGUCGACAGAGGUACUGUCCCUCCCCUUCGCGCGCUGGGUGCGCUCGCUGGCGUUCCUCCCUCGCGAGAAGGGCGUUCUUUUUCGCUCGAAGGCUGUUCUCGCCGUGGCCGGGUCCGACAGGAAGCUCGUGUUUCACGCCGUGUCGGACGUCAUGGAGACGCCCGGGCACGAGGCGAAGCACAGGUUGGCGCUGGUGUUUGUGGUUUCGGCGCACUUGCGACGCCUGUGGAGGGAGGCGGGGAGGUGGAGCGAUGGCGAGGACCGGGGGUGCCGCAUCGUGUUCAUCGGGAAGAGGCUAGACAGGGCGUUCCUGGAGGAGGGUUUCAAUUCAACCGCGAGGGCGGUCGCUCCUAAACGCGGCACCAUUCGGUCGCCGUCGUCUCCGGCCGCUGUAGCAGCAGCGACACUCAGGGGUGGGGGGGAAGCCCCCCCCCCCUCCUCCUCUGAUGAUACCGCGACCUCCGUUGCUACGGGAGAGAGCAUGCUCGAGAGUCUGGCGGCCAGAGUCACCGUCGGCUUCUUCUCGGCCAUGCUGGGGUUGGGAACGGGCGAGGUGUUGAGGGUGGGGGAGACGUGUUCCGGCCUCCUCGCUGCGGUGGAGGGGGGGCACGCUACUGAGCACUACCGGGCGCUGCUGGCGGAAGAGGAGAAGGAGUGCUUGUCGGCACGGCCGGGCUUCCACCUGUCGUUGCGGCGUUCCUUGCCCAAGUUCUACCUACACCCCUUCGUCUCCACCGCCACCGCAAGAAGUUACGCCAAGGCUGCCGCAGCGGCCAAGCUCGAGAUGAACUCAUCCAUGGGCCAGGGCAGGACCGGGAUUUCGUUCAAGAACGCAGAGGAGGUGGAAGCAGCCGGCAUCACGUGGCUCGAGGUGGAGCAGCUGGCGGACCCCCUGGCGAAGAAUUUCGUGGUGGAGUUUUCCUGGCGGUCGGAGACUAUGAGGACCUUCUUCGACUCCGGGAACUCGUCUACCAACUCGGCGAUGGUCAAGAUCGCGUAUGAGGUGGACGACGAAGAUGCCUUCGAUGAGGAGAUAGACACCCUCAAGUUCAGGCUGGUGCUACGGCCCGAGACCGUCCAGAACAACGAGGCGUCUGUCGACGCCGCGUCCCCUGCUGUCCGCGGGACAGCGGCGGCGGCGGCGGAAAAUCCCGCCGCAUCUUCGAGUUCUGGUUCGGCCCUGCCGCUGCACCGGCUCAUGAUUCAAACCGUCGGGGGGCGAUCUUGCAGUCAGGUUUACGGCCUUAGCUUCCACUCCAUCAGCCCUUCUUUCCAGGUCCAUGUUCAGGUUCCCGACCAUCGAGUCCCCUACUUUCAGACCGACCAGCUGUUCCACAAAUGGCACCCUCUCAUGGAGAGCCUGCGAGCGGAGCCCCGCCUUCGGUUCCUGGUAAGGAUGAAGCCCGACGGCAGCGGUCCCCUGGACAACAUGUGCGGCUGCUGCUGAUGGCGGCACGACACAGAACAGAAUUGCCCGGGGGGUUGACGACGCUCUGGUGUCAGAAGAAGCGGCGACUCCCACGUUUAUCAGAACAAGCGGAGAUUAUUUGUCGGCGGCUUGUUUCCGCUGACGAGCUCAAAAGGAAAAAAAAAAAAAAAACCACGACAUUGUCUUGUCGUGUUGUUGUUUGUGUGCGUGUCUAUGGCGGCUUGGGCGGGGUUACAAGUGCGACGACGUUAUGUAAUAGCGCUAUAGGAAAGCUUCCUGGUGAAGCACGCGACUUGUUCCUUGAUACUACAAUAUCACAAUAUCCCAACACGAACUAUAAUAUAUAGGAGUUUAGUGUUGGAGGGUUCCCUUGUACAUGGCGGCCAGCAGAACCUAUCACAAGCAGUAUCACAUUUAUGUUUUCCGAUGGGUAUCGCAAAAGAAAAUGGUAAUGUUUUCCGAUGAGUAUCACAAAAGAAAACGGUAUCGCCUUUUUCUGUGUUCAGAUGAAGAUGUUUUUUAUGUUGGAAGGAUGUUGCGAAAGAAAUAUCACAUUUGUGUUUCCUGAUGGAUGUCACAAGAAAUAUCACAUUGUCUGUUUGCAGAUGGAGAUGUUGUCAGAUGGAUAUCACAAUAGAACUAUCAAGUUUGUGUUUUCAGAUGGGUGUCGUUGGUCGU